GCCAGGGGGCUGCACUUGGAGGGUCCUGACAACAGUCUGAGGAGCCACCGCCACCACCUGACCAUGGCCGAGGAUCUGGUUCUGGAGCGAUGUGACCUGGAGCUGGAAGCCAAUGGCCGAGACCACCACACGGCCAGCCUGUGCCGAGAGAGGCUGGUGGUGCGGCGGGGCCAGCCCUUCCGAGUGACAUUGCGCUUCCAAGGCCGAAAUUACGAGGCCAGUGUGGACAGCCUCACCUUCAGCGUCGUGACUGGCCCAGACCCCAGCAACGAGGCCGGGACCAAGGCCCGCUUCCCACUGUCCGAUGCUGUGGAGGAGGGUGCCUGGGCGGCCUCAGUGGUGGAGAAGCAGGACAGCGCCCUCUCGCUGCAGCUCAGCACCCCGGCAAAUGCCCCUGUCGGCCUGUACCGCCUCAGCCUGGAGGCCUCCACUGGCUACCAGGGCUCCAGCUUCAUGCUGGGCCACUUCACACUGCUCUUCAAUAGCUGGUGCCCAGCGGACGCCGUGUACCUGAACUCGGAGGAGGAGCGGCAGGAGUACGUCCUCACCCAGCAGGGCUUCAUCUACCAGGGCUCGGCCAAAUUCAUUAGCAGCAUACCCUGGAACUUUGGGCAGUUUGAAGAUGGGAUCCUGGACAUCUGCCUGACGCUCCUGGACCUCAACCCCAAGUUCCUGAAAAACGCCAGCCGCGACUGCUCGCGCCGCAGCAGCCCAGUCUACGUGGGCCGGGCGGUGAGCGCCAUGGUCAACUGCAAUGACGACCAGGGCGUGCUGCUGGGGCGCUGGGACAACAACUACGGGGACGGCGUCAGCCCCAUGUUCUGGAUCGGCAGCGUGGACAUCCUGCGGCGCUGGAAGAGCUGCGGCUGCCAGCGUGUCAAGUACGGCCAGUGCUGGGUCUUCGCCGCGGUGGCCUGCACAGUGCUGCGGUGCCUGGGCGUCCCCACCCGCGUCGUGACCAACUAUAACUCGGCCCACGACCAGAACAGCAACCUGCUCAUCGAGUACUUCCGCAACGAGUAUGGGGAGAUCCAGAGAGACAAGAGUGAGAUGAUCUGGAACUUCCACUGCUGGGUGGAGUCAUGGAUGACCAGGCCCGACCUGCAGCCGGGGUACGAGGGGUGGCAGGCCCUCGACCCCACGCCCCAGGAGAAGAGCGAAGGGACGUACUGCUGUGGCCCGGUUCCGGUUCGUGCCAUCAAGGAGGGGGACCUGAGCACCAAGUAUGAUGCGCCUUUUGUCUUCGCUGAGGUCAACGCCGACGUAGUGGACUGGAUCCGGCAGGACGACGGGUCCGUGCACAAGUCCGUCAACCACUCGCUGGUGGUGGGCCUGAAGAUCAGCACGAAGAGGGUGGGCCGCGACGAGCGCGAGGACAUCACCCACACCUACAAGUACCCGGAGGGGUCCCCAGAGGAGAGGGAAGCCUUCAAGAGGGCCAACCACUUGAAUAAGCUGGCUGAAAAAGAGGAGACGGGGCUGGCCAUGCGGAUCCGCGUGAGCCAGAGCAUGAGCGUGGGCAGCGACUUCGACGUCUUUGCCUACAUCACCAACAACACGGCCGAGGACCACGCCUGCCGCCUCCUGCUCUGCGCCUGCACUGUCAGCUACAACGGGAUCCUGGGGCCCGAGUGUGGUGCCAAGGACCUCCUCAACCUCUCCCUGGAGCCCUUCUCCGAGAAGAGCAUUCCCUUUCGCAUCCUCUAUGAGAAGUACUGUGACUGCCUGACGGAGUCGAACCUCAUCAAGGUGCGGGGCCUCCUCGUCGAGCCGGCUACCAACAACUACCUUCUGGCCGAGAGGGACAUCUAUCUGGAGAAUCCAGAAAUCAAGAUCCGGAUCCUGGGAGAGCCCAAGCAGAACCGCAAGCUGGUGGCUGAGGUGUCCCUGCGGAACCCGCUCACCGUGCCCUUGUCAGGCUGCGUCUUCACCGUGGAGGGGGCCGGCCUGACCGAGGAGCAGAAGGCCGUGGAGAUCCCGGACCCGGUGGAGGCCGGGGAGGAGGUCAAGGUGAGGGUGGACCUGCUGCCUCUCCACGUGGGCCGCCACAAGCUGGUGGUGAACUUCAAGAGCGACAAGCUGAAGGCCGUGAAGGGCUUCAGGAACGUCAUCAUUGGUCCCCCUUAACGGGCCCCUGUGCCAGCCCCACCUCAGCCAACUGAGAGCCCCCAACUUGACCCCAAUCUUUAUCCCAAGCUAAUGAGCAAAAUUUGCCCCUUCUUGGGCCCCAGACCCCCGGGCAGGAGUGGGCUGUAGUUUGGAAUGGAAUGUACUUCUGGCCUAUCUUGUCCCCCUGAGCCUGGUUCCCCACCCCUUACUUGUGAGGAAUGUUCUGUGCCUCCACAAUGGGAGCCCUGACCUUGGCUGACUGGGCCUGGGGCCAGGGAGGAGGGACCCACUCCUUCCUCUCCAGCCCAGAUGCCAUUAGGAGAGCCGCUGACCACGCACCAUAUUGUUUGAUCUACUCCAGGGCCCCUUGGAGCAGGCAAAAAAGAGACAGUGUGCCCAUUGGCUGGAUCAGGGAACUCAACUCCCUAGAGUGUCCUGUACCCCUUCCCCAGACUGUGCCCGGGGCCACAGGCACCCUCGGAAGAGCCAGAGCAGAUGGGGAUGAGGAGGGUCCCAGGAAUAGGCCAGGCCCAAGCUCCCCCCACAUCCCAGCAGCCCUGGCCCAACAGUCCCCCACCCACCUCACCGUUGUGAGGCAGCUACUAUAUGCCAGACACUUCCUGUGCUCGCUGGUGCUCACGUGGCCACCAACCCAUUUAAUCACCACGGGAAACCGCAGAGUGGCAGCUGCUUUCUCCAGGAGGAGACGGAGGCCUGGAGAAGGGAGGCGGCCCACUCUGUCCCAGUGGGCUGCUGGCUGUUUGCAAGGCUGGAUAAUGUGAAGGCACAGGAACAGAGCCUGGACCUUCUGAGUCCGAGUCCAGCACCCUGUUCGUGACACCAACUCUGACCUGAGAACGUCAGGGAGGACAUUUGGGACCUGAUCCAAAAGGACCAGUUGGGGUAAGAAGGUGAGGAGGGGUUUGGAGGGAUCAGAGCCCUGGGUUCAAGCCCCAAGUCCAGCCAGCCACUGCCUUCCGCUCUCUGGGCCUCAGUGUCCUCGCUGGUUAAAGGAGUGGCUGAACCAGCUCACCUCCAAGGCCCUCUCUUUCUGCACCUCUGAUGCGUUAUGUGACGCAGCCUUGCAAAUGACAGCGAGUCCUACUCCCUGGCUCCACGGAGCCUUAGCCCACAGGCCUGGGAUGUUUAUGAGCGUGCAGCCAUGACCAUGACCCCUCCCCUGCCCCAGCCCUGGCCAGGUCCCCCACCUGUGCCCGGGCACCUUCCUUCAGACCCCGGUUGUAGGAGAAAUGAGCCCCGGAGGCCCUUGUGCUACCCAGGAGCCUGCCCACCACAAGACCUAGACUUCACAAGAGCCUUAGCUGCUGUGCUGGUCACUAACCAACAAGGUGGGCACCUCAGCCACCCCCUCUCCGCACGGCCAGGGCCCGGGAACACAGCCAGCCUUUGCCCCUGAGUAAGCCUGGGGGACCCAGGAGAUGUCAUCUCUGACUUUAUCCCCGCCCUCUCCACAUGACUGGGCCUCCCUCAGGCUGGAAGAGAGAAGGAGGGAGAACUCUCUAGCUAGGGUGGGGUCACAGCCUCCAGGCCCCUCCAAAUCCCAGGGAGGGACAUGGGGAAAGUCACACUGAGGCACUUAGAACUUUCUGCUUCACACAGGAAAGAAUCACAAAAUGAGCCAAUAUGGAUAUGUUCUAUAUAAAUAUAGCUCUAUUUCUCUCUGGUUUUAUAAAUGCUUUUGGGUUCCAAGCAGGCAGUAGAUGUGCUUUUUGAGCCACAAGGAGCGAGCACUAAAAUAAAAGUUUAUUUUUC